AUAAAGGAAAUAUUUAGAAUAAAGCCAAUAUAUAAACUUCCUUUCCGUAUAGACGUAUUUACGUCUAAUUCUCCGGAACCGUGGUUCCACUAUCAUCCUAUGUGAAGUAAUGAGAGCUUCUUUGAAAUGCGUAUAAACAUUUAAAGUGAUCUAUUGACAUUCAAUAUUCAUUGUAUACUGAUAACGCAGAUGAUUUGUGAAAGAAUACUAAUGUAAGCUUAGCUGAUAAUAGAUACUUAAGAAAUUGUUCAGUGAACCAUUGACUGUUAUGUUGUGUUGGUCAUGUAAGACGCUUACAGCAGCGCUUCUCUUUUUAAAGGGACUCUUCAACAAACUUUAAACACAGUCGCACGCAAAUCCAAUACAAUUCUGAUAUCAUCGUCUUGCGGCUAGAGCCAAAUAUCAUCUGUAUUGUUCUUGACUAAUAAAUAGUGUAAAAAAGUUGUCAGUGGAACCACGGUUCCGGAUAAUUUGACGUAAAUACGUCAUACCUGCUUUACAAUUGAGUAAAGUUUGUUUAAGACAUUGCUUAUUUAAUGUAAUGUAAGGUAAGGUAAUAUUCAGCAAUAGCGGCAGCCUCUAGUUGUCGGGAGUUACACGCCGGUAACACCUCUGAGGAGAUUCGAGUAUCUACCGAGAAGCCAAGCUCCUGUCACUGAGCGGUUAUAAGCUUUUCCAAGAAUGUGGCACGUUGAAUGCAUCCCAGAAUCCCGUGAGAAGAUCUCAUGAUUCUGCUGACCGAUAGCUAGCUUGUAAGAUCAGUGAGGAUUAAUCUUUUGCUCCAGAUGCUUUAUUCCAACGCCCAAGAAGCCACAGAAUAAAUUCAUAAAGUGUUACGGAGAUCACGUUUCAAAGUACCUACCGGAUAAUUGCACGUUGUCCGGCAGUUACAGAGCAAAAUUUGGGGCUCAAUGCAGCUCUUGUGAGCGAAGGAGAAGAAUACAAGUCAAGAAGGUCGUAAAUGUUUUAGUCACAAUGCAGUGAGACAGGAUGCAUAAAAACGAAUCGAAUCACAAUAUCGAAUAGUUAUUGAAACACUGAUUUGUUAGAACACCAGUAAAGUCAAUAUUUACCUAGACCUACCCAACAUAAUUGUAUGAAACAUUUGUUGUAUUUUUUCAUUAUAUCUGGAACAUGCUCUUUGAUUAGAAUUCUGACACAUUAUGUGUUCUCCUGUAAAUUAUUUUGUAAAAUUAUGGUGAUUUAAGAAUUAUCAAAAUCGCAGAUAGGAAUUUAAAUGUUAUAAAUUAAGAUUAAGAUAUCAAAUACCUAUUAGGUGAUUUGUAGAUAAUGUACUACAAAGAUAUCACUUGACAAACAACUUGGCGAACAUUUUUCUAAAUUAUCACAUUUUAAGCAUAAAGGAAAAAAUGUAUGACGCUUAAUAUAUUUAUUUAUAAAUUAACCACACAGUAUAUAUUUAUCACGUACUUGGUUCAGGUGAUAAUUAAACAAAACACAAUUUUUUAAUUUCACUAUCCUUUUCCCUUAGAGACGAGGAUCCAAAUGUGUGACUCGACGGAAUGAGAACCACGGAUCCUACUAAGCUUGUUCAAUAACAAGAAUCAAUUCUGAACCAAAUUAACGAGAGAAAAUAAACUCGUUUUGUAGCUAUAGUGGAACUUUCCUGACUAAUGUUUUGCCGUUUCGUCCUUGAUACUCAUGUGAUGUGAUUGGGUAAUCGCAUUACGUGUCUUCAAAGAGCCCUUGCCUCACUGGUAGAGCCAGUACCAUCCAGACCAUGACCAUUCUAACAUGUAUUUUGGCCAGCUCGCCGCGUCAUUUUGUCGCGCGUUUUAGCAAUGGAGCCACGCACACUAUGGCGGUGACGCCGCGAGCACGCCACGAGGACGCGGAGAGAUCCGCGUGGUUUCAAGUGUGUGAAAAGUUUUGUGAGGAUUUUGCUGAUAAACCGGAUCUGGAGAAAAAUGAAAUAGGUUCAAAAUUCAUGAAGAGGUGGAAGGGCAUUAAAGAUACUUUCACAAAACGUGAAAAGAAACAAACAAAAUCAGGGCAAGGGGCAAAUUCUGCCAGACGGUACAUUUAUGCCCGCCAGCUGUCGUUCCUGUUAAAGACAGUGGAUCCAGGUCCCACGCAAACUAGUGUCGAUGACGAAGUCGUGGCUGGUAGUGAAUCUCUGGAAGAGAUGGAUACUACAGCAGAAACAUCAACAGCUGAAAAUGACCCCUUCCCGAUCGUACAGAAUUCACCUACUCAACCUCAUUUAUCUGUCAGUUCACUACAACCACCCUACACCAUGACCACUCCUUCUCCAUACAGCAGCAGCAACUACACGAUAACAGAUGGUGAAGAUUCUAUGGACCUUUUUCGUAACGACACAAACCAACAAUAGAAUGGAUCACUUUAUAAUGGUUUCCAAAUGGACUGUAAUUGGUAACUUACAGUAAAUAAUUGAUUUUUGUACUUAAACUUGAAAUAAAGACUUCGUUUUGAGAAA